AGGGCCAACUUUCCCCGCCAGAAUGCCGCCAUAGCAAAGGAUGAGAAGUGUGGUCCUCGUCUCGGGACACCCUUCCGCCGCCGCCCGUCCCGGGCGGGUGUCACCGCUGCCCCACGUCGCCCGACCCGCAACCUCUCCUUUCUCCUAUAGUCUUCUAUACCUGCCUUCGAGGCGAGCAAACGCCAGGCGAGCCCCACGUGCGCCGCUCUUUCUCGCCGCUCCUGCAAAGCUUUGCUCCCUCGGGCGUCAAGCUCGCAUGUUGUUUGGUUUGGGUUUUGUCAGCCUCACCACGACCCUCCUGCGCUUUAGGCUCCGCCCCGCCACCACCGAGCGCCUUUGGAGCGCCUUUCCUCCAAGCCGCGCAGAAGAGCGAGCGGAGCGCUACGCCUGUGGCGCUGGAAGGAGCGCGCGCGCGUCCCAGCUGGAAUGAACUCUCAGGGUCGCCCGCUGUUGCUGCUCGCCUGCGUGCUGAGCGCUUUGCCCGCCCGCGUUCCUGCUGCUGCUGCUGCUGCAAACAACUGUAUCUGCAAUGGCAAAAACCUCUGCUUUUGUGAUGGCAUAAAAGGCAGUAAGGGUGAAAAGGGCUUUCCUGGUUUCCCUGGCCCCCCUGGUCAGAUGGGAUUCCUUGGCCCAGAGGGGUAUCCAGGGCCACAAGGACCUAAGGGUUUUCCUGGGCAAAUGGGCUUCCCUGGUCCCAAAGGUUCAAGGGGUAUGCCAGGAAUCCCUGGUUAUUCAGGUCCCCCAGGACUUCCAGGUGAAGCAGGAAAUGCUGGUCCUCCAGGACGUCCAGGUAUACCAGGAUGCAAUGGGACAAAGGGUGAGCAGGGAUUUCCAGGGCUCCCAGGGCAAGGAGGACUACCAGGAUUCCCAGGUCCUGAAGGCAUGAAAGGAGAAAAAGGAUGUUCUGCAAGUGGAUACAACAGGGGUUAUAGUGCCCAAGGUGAUCCUGGAUUGCCAGGAAUGCCUGGAUCUCAGGGUAUGCCAGGACCUCAAGGAUUACCAGGGCAGAUGGGACCUGAAGGCCCUCCUGGAUUCCCAGGAGCACAAGGAAGACCAGGACCUGCGGGGCCCAAGGGUCUCAUGGGUGUUAAAAUAAUCGGAGCCAAAGGAAUAAAGGGUGACAAUGGACUAAUGGGGCCCCCCGGACCACCAGGAACAGUUAUUGUAACACUGACUGGAGCUGAUAACACAACGGAAAUAAAAGGAGAUAAAGGUGAUAUGGGAUCUCCAGGAUUUUCUGGACCACCGGGAGAGCCAGGUUUACCUGGUGAUUCUCAAAAUGCAAAAGGAGACCCAGGAGAGCAAGGUCCUCAGGGUAAGCCUGGAAAGGAUGGUAUUCCUGGUCCACUUGGCUUACAGGGUGGAAAAGGUGAAAAGGGUUUCCAAGGAUUGCUUGGAAAAGUAGGACCUAAGGGCGAGAAAGGUGAAGCUGGACGUCAAGGAAAUCAGGGUCCAACAGAGUAUUAUGAUGAGGUGCCUGGUGAAAAAGGAAAUAGAGGCCAUACAGGACCCCCAGGACCUAAAGGCCAGCCUGGUGUACCUGGGCCACAAGGUUCCUCUGGUCCCAUUGGUAGGCCAGGUGUUUCAAGACCUGGUCCAAGAGGCCUGCAAGGCUCCCCUGGCCUCAAAGGAAGUAAAGGAACCAGAGGACAACCUGGCCAGAAUGUUAUUGGACCACCAGGACUUCCUGGAAUUCCAGGAAGACCAGGCCCAGCAGGAUCACCAGGUGUUUCAGGACCACCAGGUGAAAUGACUUUUGAAAGAGGCCCACUAGGAACCCCUGGGCCACCGGGAUGCAUGGGCCCUCCAGGCCUUCCAGGAGAUAGUGGAACAAAAGGUGAAGAAGCAGGCCCAUGCAACCAGUGUACUUAUAUUAAUGGAGCACCUGGCCUUCCUGGUGUUCCUGGGCCAGAGGGCCAACAAGGAAUAAAAGGUGGUGAUGGAACAUUUGGUCCUAAAGGAUCCCAAGGAUCCCCUGGGCGGCAGGGGCCUCCUGGAAUUCAAGGACUUCCAGGUCUUCCAGGAAACCAAGGCCUUAAAGGAUCAAAAGGUGUACCAGCAUAUUCGAGUGUGGAAGGUUCAAAAGGAGACAAAGGAGAAAAUGGUAUCAGAGGAAGCUCAGGAGAAAAAGGUUCAGAUGGAUUGCCUGGAAGACCUGGCCUGAAAGGCAUAAAAGGGUGUAUAGGAGACCAGGGAUUUGAUAGUCCAAAAGGAGACAGAGGUGCACCAGGAUUGCUGGGCAGUCCAGGCAUUCCUGGACCAGUAGGGCUACCUGGGCCACCAGGAUAUGGACCACAAGGAAUGGAAGGUUCUAAAGGCUCUCAAGGAUUUCCUGGAUUGCCUGGGUUGCUUGGAAUAACUGGUGCUAAAGGUGAACCUGGUAAAAUAAAUGCAAUUCCAGGACCACCUGGACUUCGAGGGCCAGAUGGUAGACGGGGGACACAAGGAGAAAGAGGAAGUGUUGGAUCCAGAGGGGAACGUGGUGUUCAAGGCUUUCCAGGGCCAGAUGGUGAUCCAGGCUUAACGGGGAUUGGAUUUCCUGGAUGUUCUGGUUUGAAAGGAGACAAAGGACCUCAAGGCUCUAAAGGACUACCAGGUUGUCCAGGAAAAUUAGGAGAACCAGGCUUACCUGGAAAACCUGGAAGACCAGGAGAAAAGGGAGAACCAGGUCCACUUAUUCCUGGACAACAGGGUAGACUAGGUUCAACAGGAGAAGAAGGCACUCCAGGUGAGAAAGGUGAAAGAGGAUUCCCAGGUCUCCCAGGACUUCAAGGUCAACAGGGUCGUGAUGGUGCUGAUGGGCCAAGAGGAGAACCUGGCCCCGCUGGAGUUCUAGGAGAAAAGGGUGUUCCAGGAAAAAUGGGCGAUUGUGUUAUUGGUUUACCAGGGCAGCAAGGACCAUGUGGAAUAAUAGGCCCACAAGGGGACAGAGGAGCAUUAGGAGACAGAGGAGAUCCAGGUGUUCCAGGACUAGAUAUCCCAGGGUUCCCAGGACAAUUUGGGGUACCUGGAUUACCUGGCCUUCAAGGAGAUAAAGGAUUUCCUGGUAUCAAAGGACUAACUGGCAGGCCAGGAGAACCAGGUAUUUCAGGUCCAAGAGGAGAACUAGGCUUGAUGGGCCCUGUAGGUAUUCCUGGAUUACCUGGUGUUUUUGGAAAUUCAGGUGUUCCUGGGAGCAGGGGUUCUCCUGGCAUUCCAGGACCAAGAGGAAGAAAAGGAACAUUAGGGGAGAACGGUGAACCAGGUGAUAGUGGUUCCCCAGGACCAUCAGAGCCCAGAGUGAUUUUUGGAGAUAAAGGAGAACAAGGAACCAAAGGAUUUCCAGGAAGAAUGGGACUCAAGGGAAGAAAAGGAGAGCCAGGUACACAAGGUUGUGCGGGUCUUAAUGGCCUACCAGGAAUAACAGGACCACCAGGUUCCAAAGGAGAUAAAGGACUGCCAGGCAUUUCUGGGCGACAAGGAUUGCCAGGAUCUCCUGGAGAAAGAGGGGACAUGGGGACACCAGGUCCUAAAGGUGAAAAGGGUUCUUCAGGUUUGCCUGGCCCAUCAGGUAUACCUGGACCACGUGGCCUUUUUGGUAUUCCAGGGGAUAAAGGAGAACCAGCUUGUCCUGGAUUUGGGCCUCCAGGAAACCCAGGACCCAAGGGCAGUCCAGGUCUUCCAGGGGAAAGAGGAAAGAAAGGUGAAGGUGGAUCAUCAGGCCCUCCAGGACUUCUAGGAGAACCUGGGCAACCCGGAGACAGAGGGGAUACUGGUUUACCAGGAAUUCCAGGACAGCCAGGAUGUGUAGGCGUUAAUGGUGAUAAAGGAAGCAAAGGAUUACCAGGACAAAAUGGCAUUAGGGGCCCUCCAGGUUCAGUUGGGUUACCUGGAGUUGAUGGACUAGCAGGUGAAAGGGGUAAUCAAGGACGUGAUGGUAUUCCUGGCUCCCCAGGAGAGAAGGGAGCACAAGGUUCUCCCGGGCAGCCAGUUCCUGGUCCUCAAGGUAUCCCUGGUCCUAAAGGUGUCAAAGGAGAUAUGGGAAUGGCUGGUUUUCCAGGACCGCAGGGUAUUAAAGGUCUUAUGGGAGACCAAGGACCAAGUGGAGCUCCUGGUUUACCUGGACCACCAGGACUUCCAGGAGAACCAGGCAUAAUUACUAGCCGAAAAGGAAAUAGAGGCCCCCCUGGUCCAGAUGGAAAGCCAGGUGUUCCUGGUAAUAUAGGGCCUGCUGGACUACCUAACUACAGUAUUAAAGGAAGUAAAGGUGCUCGGGGAACAGAUGGCUUACCAGGUCCACCAGGAACUAGAGGGGAUGUUGGUCUGCCUGGUCCAGCAGGAAUUGAAGGUAUCCCGGGCUAUCGAGGUCCAAGAGGUGACCCUGGUUUUCAGGGAUUUCCAGGACUAAAAGGAGAAAAAGGCAACCGGGGACCACCUGGGCCAGCAGGAGUACCAGGGCCUGGAGGGCCAAAGGGGCAACCUGGCCAGUCUGGACCAGUUGUGAAAGCUGUCUCUUUCCCAGGAAACCCAGGACCUGCUGGACUUCCAGGCAACCCAGGAAAUCCAGGGGAUCCAGGUCCCCGAGGACCACCUGGGCCACCAGGGCGCCAAGGUAUAAAAGGCCAGCCAGGCAGUCAUGGGAUUCCAGGUAUACCUGGACCACCUGGUCCAAAAGGAGAUAAAGGAUUUCCAGGAAAAAGAGGUUUGCCUGGACUGGUUGGUUUUCCUGGUAUACAGGGACUGCCUGGAUACCCUGGAAGUUGUUUGCCUGAGCUACCAAAAAGAGGCUUCAUUUUUUCUCGACACAGCCAGUCAAUAAAGAUUCCUUCAUGUCCAUCUGGGACAACUGAAAUGUAUAGUGGCUAUUCUCUUCUUUUUAUACAAGGGAAUGAGCAAGCACAUGGACAAGAUCUUGGUGCAGGUGGUAGCUGUCUCCAGAGAUUUAGCACCAUGCCCUUUUUAUUAUGUAAUCCCAGUAAUGUCUGUAGUUUUGCUUCUCGCAAUGACUAUUCAUACUGGCUGUCAACUGCAGAACCAAUGCCAGCAGACAUGGCACCCAUUUCCGGGAGAGCUUUGGAACCCUAUAUUAGCAGAUGCAUUGUCUGCGAAAGCCCUGCAAUGGUAAUAGCAGUCCACAGUCAAACCACUUCAGUUCCAUCCUGUCCUCAGGGCUGGCAGUCUCUUUGGAAAGGAUUUUCUUUUGUUAUGUAUACAGGAGCAGGCUCAGAAGCUUCCGGACAAGCACUGGCAUCUCCAGGGUCAUGUUUAGAAAAUUUUCACCCUGUUCCAUUUAUCGAAUGUCAUGGCCGAGGGACAUGCAAUUUCUUCUCAAACUCCUACAGCUUCUGGCUGGCUUCACUAAAUCCAAAAAGGAUGUUCAGGAAGCCAUUGCCACAAACUAUGAAAGCUGGAGAACUGGAAAAAAUUAUCAGUCGCUGUCAAGUCUGCAUGAGGAUACCCAACUGAAUAAAACUUGUCCUUAGAAAAUUAAGCUCCAACUCUGGGGCACACAAAGCCAAAUCAAACCAAAAACAUUUUCUAAACUUGUAACAAUGUGCUUUAAUGAAAGCCAGACUGUAUUUGUACAGUGAACUUGAAAAAGGCAAAUGCUAUACUAUAAUGAAAUAGUGCAAUAUUCUGACUAUUUUGAAAAUGCAAAGCACUUUCUUGAAGUAGGUUGUUUGUACUUUGCAGGACAAUGGUAUUGUCACCCUCUGAACUCUGUCACUUCUAGGUCCAUGUAAAUUAUAAAUUAAGGUUGAUCUGGAAUUGUUUUAUCUGGAAAUGAUACAGCUGCCAUCUUGUGACUUGGUGCCUUUCUAACUACAAAUGGAGUAAACAUGAUAGUGUUCAUUUA